CUUCCUUGACUGUAGAGCUGACAGCAGAUAGCAUUGUGGCACUGCGUAGCGAGGCUUUUUCAGAUGAGAUACAUACUGAAUUCAGAUAAACUGGAACAUUACUAAGACAGAUCAUGAGCCGUGGAUCUAAGAAUAAAACGGAAAGUGUUCAAAGCUUUCUGCUGAGCCAACAGGAGAAUGAGAAGGUGGAGGAGAUGCUGGGCAGAAGGUGUGCUUCUAUGGCUACUGCAGUUGCACAGUUGUUCAUGGCACUACCUCACAGUCCAGCCACGUGGAGCUUGCAGCACACUGGAGUGGUCUGCUUUGUCAAAGACAACCCUCAGCGCUCCUACUUCAUACGGAUGUUUGAUUUGAAGGGUGGGAAUGUGGUUUGGGAACAGGAGCUCUACAACCAGCUUGUUUACCGCUCACCCCUACAGUACUUUCAUACGUUUACUGCAGAUGGAUGCGAAGUGGGACUGAACUUCACUGACCAACAGGAGGCAGACGCCUUCAAAAAUGCUGUGAUGGAGAAAAUCAGCCAAAGAAACAACCGUCACGAUAAGAAACAGCGCCCCCUGCCGACAAGUGAUCGAGGACUUCUGCCUCCAAUACCACCUGAAAAAGCACCACCUAGUAGCCCUAGUUCUUUUCAAAUGGCCACAGUGGAUAUCCAAAACCCAGACAUCCAGUCGUCACGCUACCGCUCGAUGCCUGCACCCACUCCUCCUUUAGCUGUAAGUGGCAAAGACAAGAAGAAAAAGAAGGACAAGAAAAAAGGACCAAAAAUCUCCAAAGCAGACAUAGGAGCACCCAGUGGAUUUAAGCAUGUAUCACAUGUGGGAUGGGACCCAAACAACCUCGACCCUGAUCUGUCAAAACUGCUCUCCCAAGCAGGCAUUGGUGAAGCUGAGCUCAGAGAUGAACAGACCUCCCAGCUCAUCUAUAAUAUUAUAGAGAAGUCAGGAGGCAUGGAGGCAGUCAAAAGGGAGGCAAGAGCUGCUGAACAUCCACCACCACCUCCACCUGGCAGACAGGGGCCUCUCCCUCCUCUACCAGGCUCCAGUCCCUCAGCACCAACCCCUCCACCCCCACGAGGUCGCUCUGGCCCCCUGCCUCCCAUCCCGGGCCAACCACAGCGUGGAGUAGCAUCCCCCCAGCCACCUCCAUCUCGUGGAGGCCUGCCACCUCCACCUCCAACAAGCCGAGGGGGUCCACCGCCACCGCCACCACCAGCACACAAUGCACCUCCUCAGAUGCCCCCCUCUUCAAAGCCAUCAAUGUCCCACAGCCUGCCACCUCCACCGCCACCAUCAAGCCAACCGCGCUUCAUGGGAGCCCCACCUCCUCCUGUCCCACCUACACCCAGCAGAGGUGGUGGAGGCGGGGGUGGAGCUCCACCCCCGCCUCCACCACCUCCUCCACCUCCCCAAAUGUCUAUUUCUUCAGAUUUCCCACCUCCUCCACCUCCCCAAACCUCUUUUUCUUCAGAUUUCCCACCUCCUCCACCCCCCUCUGGUGGCCCAGCACCACCUCCCCCAUCCUCCGGGGGAGGAGACAGCAGAGGCGCUCUGCUUGAUCAGAUUCGACUCGGGAAGAGUCUCCGAAAAGUUACAGAGAGCUCUGAUCCACCUCCACCCGCAGCACAAGAAUCAGGCGAGGGCAUCGUAGGAGCUCUCAUGAUGGUGAUGCAGAAGAGGAGCAAAGUCAUCCACUCCUCUGAUGAAAGUGAAGACGAGGGUGGAGAUGAAGAUGAUGAAGAUGAUGAAUGGGACGACUAAUGCAGCAGCUCUGGAUUGUAUAAUAUCUCAACUUGGUGCAGUUGUGUUUUUUUUUUUUUUUUUUUUUUUUUUACUUUUAGCAAUUUUACUAUUAAAUUGCAGAUAAUAAUGCAAACUUGAGUACAACUUGUACAUAUAAGAAACAACUGUGUAAAAAACAAAGAAAUGGUCCAAUAAAAA